AUGGCCGCUCCUCAAGUCCAUCACCUCUUCCACCACCCAAUCGCCGACCACUCCUUCUCUGCCGACCGCAAGACCCUCGCUGUUGCUAGAGAUAACACGGUCGAGCUGUACUCUUCCAAUGGCUCCCGCUUUGCCUUGAACGACGAGCUGCGUGGCCACGACAAGCUCAUUACCGGUGUCGAUAUUGCUCCCAACUCGGGCAAGAUUGUCACCUGCUCUCAAGACCGUAACGCAUACGUCUGGGAGCCCUCGAACGGCUCCUGGCGCCCCACCCUCGUCCUUCUCCGUAUCAACAGAGCCGCCACAUGCGUACGCUGGUCGCCCAACGAGACCAAGUUCGCCGUUGGUAGUGGUGCUAGAGUUGCUGCUAUUUGCUACUUCGAAGAAGAGAACGAUUGGUGGGUGUCCAAGCACCUCAAGAAGCCCCUUCGCAGCACCGUCACCAGCGUCGCCUGGCACCCCAACAGUGUCUUGGUUGCUCUAGGCAGCACUGACGGCCAUGCUCGUGUGCUCAGCGCCUUCAUCAAGGGCGUUGAUGAGAGACCAGCACCCUCAGUUUGGGGCGAGCGUCUGCCCUUCAACACCAUUUGUGGAGAGUUCUUGAACCAGACCGCCGGCUGGGUCAAGAGUGUUGCUUUCAGUCCCUCUGGAGAUGCUGUCGCCUUUGUCAGUCAUGACUCGACCAUGACUGUCGCUUACCCUGCUGGAGAAGGGCAGCCUCCUCAUGCAGUCAUCAACAUCAGUACCCAAGUUCUACCCUUUGCCGAUCUUCUCUGGAUCUCCGAGGGCGAGAUUGUUUGUGCCGGCUAUGUAAGAAAUGCCAGAUGUCGCCUUUGUUAUGUCAUUGAACUGAUCCUUUCCAGGNACUGCGAACCUUUCCGUUUCUCGGGCUCAGCAUCCGGUUGGUCGCUUGUCGGAUCUCUUGACAGCACCUCGAAGUCUGGCUCAGCGAACCAACGCGACGAGUCUGCUCUCAACAUGUUUAGACAGAUGGACCUUCGCGGCAAAGUCAUUGAUGACACACAACUCAAGACUGUUCACCAGAAUUCGAUCAACACUGUACGCGCAUACGCUGGUUCUCCAGACGCCGUCAGUCAGAUCAGCACCAGCGGUGUUGAUGGCCGUGUCGUCGUCUGGAAUCUGUAA